CUCCAACCAAGUCAUUCACUCAUUGUCUCCUCUCAUGCCAUGGCCUACAUUCCAUCUUCCUCCGAGCCCAUUGCAAUCAUUGGCAGUGCCUGCCGCUUUCCAGGCCAUUCCACUUCCCCAUCAAGGCUAUGGGAACUGUUAAGAAACCCAUACGAUCUUACCAAGCAAGUACCAGAGGGACGAUUCAAUGUGGAUGGAUUUCAUCAUCCGGACGGCGAGCAUCAUGGGACCACCAAUGCUCCGAAUGGCUACUGGCUAGAGGAAGACCCACGACGAUUCGACAGCACAUUUUUCAACAUCACCCCGAAGGAGGCGGAGGCCAUUGAUCCCCAAGGAAAGGUGUUGUUAGAAGCCGUCUACGAAGGCCUGGAGUCAGCCGGCCUGACCUUGGAAGGAUGUUCAGGGUCGCAGGUCGGUGUGUACGUGGGCACCAUGACGGCCGACUACGACAUUCUCACCGGCAAAGACGAACUCACCUUCAGCCAAUAUUGCGCCACAGGCACCUCGCGGGCUAUCAUCUCGAACCGCGUCUCCUAUUUCUUUCACUGGAAUGGCCCGUCCAUGACGAUCGACACCGCCUGCUCCUCCAGCCUAGUCGCCAUGCAUCAGGCGGUUCUGGGCCUGCGGAGCGGGGAGAGUACCAUGGCGUGUGUCGCCGGAGCCAACCUGAUGCUGAGUCCGGAACCGUUCAUCUGCGAGUCGAGCUUGCACAUGCUGUCUCCGGACGGAAAGUCGAAGAUGUGGGAUCAGUCUGCCGAUGGGUAUGCCCGAGGCGAAGGCGUCGGGGUAGUGUUCCUCAAGACGCUCUCUCGGGCCCUUGCGGACGGGGAUCAUAUCGAAUGUAUUGUUCGUGAAACCGGAGUCAACUCUGAUGGGCGCACCAAAGGCAUCACGAUGCCCAGCUCCCUGGCUCAGGCCGCUCUGAUUCAGGACACUUACCGCAGGUCUGGGCUCGACGCCCUGAACCCCGAUCAUCGCUGCCAGUAUUUCGAGGCGCAUGGUACGGGAACCCAAGCGGGCGACCCAACGGAAGCAGAAGCGAUCUACAAGGCCUUCUUUGGUGAGGAUGAAGAACUGCAGGAAGACGGUUCGAUUCUUGUCGGGUCGAUCAAGACCAUUAUCGGCCAUACGGAAGGGGCGGCGGGCGUGGCCGGAGUCUUGAAAGCGGCUCUUGCCCUAAAACACGCCCAAGUCCCACCCAACCAACAUCUCAAGUCCAUGAACCCACGCGUGGUUCCCUUUACAAGACGAUUACAUGUUCCUAAUACCCUCAUCCCGUGGCCGAGUGUUCGACCCGGUCAUCCGCUGCGUGCUAGUGUGAACUCCUUUGGCUUUGGCGGCACGAACAGCCACGCCAUCCUCGAGAGCUACGUCCCAGCCAUUCACGGGGGGCAUCUAGCUGCCAGCAUAGAAAAACCAAUUGAGCAUCCUCCCAGAUUUCCUUUAGUCUUGUCGGCCAACUCAGCCGAAGCGCUCAAAGACAAGGUCGAACAGUACAUUGAGUUGCUGGAGUCCGAGCCCGAGAUCGAUCUCCAAGACCUGGCAUGGACACUGGCGACGCGUCGAUCAGAGCUUCCGUAUCGUGUGUCCUUCUCCCCAGUGGCAGGACGAGAAAGGUUGCUCCAAGAGAUGCGAGAGCGACUGCAGACGACCGAGGGAAACUCGUCACUUGGGGUACGAUCCAAGACUGUCAAUCAUGAACGCGGUCGCAUUUUGGGGAUUUUCACCGGCCAGGGUGCCCAGUGGCCCCAAAUGGGCCAGCAACUCAUCCAGAGAUCACCGCGCUUCAAAGAGGUGAUUCAGAGUCUCGAUGCCGUGCUCCGGUCAUGUCCGGAUCCGCCCGCGUGGUCCAUUGCACACGAACUCCUUGCUCCGCCUACAUCAUCGCGUUUGAGCGAGGCAGCUCUGUCUCAACCACUGUGUACCGCUGUUCAGAUUGCUCUGGUUGACAUCCUUCAUGAGGCUGGAGUAGAGCUGGCGGCUGCAGUGGGCCACUCCUCCGGGGAGAUUGCUGCGGCCUAUGCUGCAGGUAUCCUGACGGCCCCCGACGCAAUCCUUAUCGCAUAUUAUCGAGGCUUUCACGCUGGCUUGGCACAAGGGCCAGAAGGAUGCCGCGGAGGGAUGAUGGCGGUUGGGAUGGGGGUGAACGAGGCGCUUGAAUUCUGUGAACAGCCUGCCUUCCUUCAUCACCUUCACAUCGCAGCCAGUAACUCGCCGGCAAGUGUCACCAUCAGUGGAGAUUUGGAGCCACUGAAACAAGCCAAGGCACUGCUCGAUGAACGAGGCACGUUUGCUAGACUCCUGAAGGUCGACACUGCAUACCAUUCUCAUCACAUGGAUCGCUGUGCCGCGCCAUACCUCCAGUCCCUACAGGCAGCUAACAUCGCACCCCUGAGCCUCACGCGUUCAUGUGUCUGGGUAUCCAGCGUGUAUGGGCCAUCGGGUGCUCCUACGCUCCGAGAGCUGUCAGGGCGCUACUGGAAAGACAACAUGGUGCAGCCCGUAUUUUUCACCGAAGCGGUGACCCGCGCGUUGACAGAAGAAGGCCCCUUUGACAUGGCGCUGGAAAUCGGACCUCAUCCUGCGCUUCAGGGUCCUGCCGUGCAGACAAUGCAGGAGGUCAAUGGAUCGGCGUUGCCCUAUGCUGGCUUAUUGCACCGCGGUCGGGAUGACCUGGCCUCCGUCAUCUCAACAAUGGGGCUCAUUUGGAGUCUGCUGGGUAGCUCUUCGAUCGAUUUUGAUGCCUUAUCUGUGGCACUGGGCAAUGAGAGGUCGGAUUGCCGGGUGGUCAAGGAUCUUCCUUCCUAUCCCUGGGACCACACCCACAUGUAUCAUCGACAGCCCCGGAUGGCCAAACAAUACCUCAACCGCCCUGCCCGUCCUCAUGAGCUACUGGGCGUGCGGACCAGCGACGACACGGAAUCAGAAUGGCGCUGGAGAAACUUAUUGAAACCAAGCACGCUCCCGUGGCUCAAGGAUCAUCGUUUCCAGGACCAGAUCAUUGUCCCUGCUGCAGCAUACUGUGUCAUGGCAUUUGAGGCUGCCAGAGCAUUGACCACCAAACCGGUCAAGUUGGUAGAAAUCCAGAAUCUAUCGAUCAAACGAGGCAUCACCAUGAGCGAUGACUCCCAGGGCGUCGAGACAAUAUUCAUGCUCAGAAAGGAGCCGACUGUUCCUGGUGAAAGUGUCAUCUCAGCGUCGUUUAUCCUGGACUUUGUCCCGGGCGAUGCUGACGCUCAGGGCACGAAUGCUGUCAAGGGGAUGGUUCACCUGCACCUGGGAGAGCCCUCCGCGGAGACUCUGCCCCGGAGGAGUCUACCCCCCCCUUCUGGCUUGAAUCGAGUGGAUCUCGAUGAAUUUUACGGUUCCAUUAAGGAUAUCGGACUGGGUUACACGGGACCGUUCCGUGCAAUGACAUCGCUUCAGCGACGUCUAGAUUUCGCAACAGGGACGCUGCCAAAGCCACAUCCUGCUGAGACCUCGACCCUUCCCGUUGCUCCGUCGCUUCUGGAUGCAUGCUUCCAGGCUGCGUUUGCUGCCUAUGCUGCUCCGGGCGACGGGUCACUUUGGACCUCGUUUCUCCCGCAGGAAAUCCAGAAUAUACGCUUCAAUCUGGACUUGUGUCCCGUAAAUCCUGGCCCAGCCGCAACGGUGAACGUGGACGCGGUGAUUACCCAGUUCUCUUCGGCAUCCCCUGAGUCCCCCGCCAACUUCUCGGGGGAUAUCUGCGUCUUCAACGCCAAUGGUAACAUGGAGGUGCAGGUCGAGGGUCUCACAGUGGUCGCGUUAUCGUCCACUGGCCCGGCAAACGACUGUGAGCUGUUCAUCGAGACGGUAUACAAGCCAGACCCGUACACCGGUAUUGUCGAGGCUAGGACAGAAGGCAUCAACGAGGAAUACGUGGCUCUGCAGCGUGCGUGCAUGCGCAUCGCCGACCACUUCUUGCACCCCAAUCGUACAGCAGGCAAGCCUCAACAGACUCCAGAGGCCAUGCAAACCGGGUUGGCAGACUCACCGUUCCGCGGCUAUUUGGAGCUUCUCAUCUCGUGUGGCCGUACAGCGCCAUCUCGCCUGCCAACGGCAAUCACGGAGAUACUAAUGCACUUCAACGAGCAGAGCGCGCUACAAAGUCACAUCAGAGCGUCGGUGUCGCAGAUCAGUCACCGAUUUCCUCAGCUUCGAGUGCUGGAAAUUACGUUGGGUGAACUGCAAAAAUAUGUGACGGAUGCCGUCGUGGCUGGUCUGGCGGCGCCAUUUCACUCCUACAGUCACUUGUUCGAGACCACAGAGAAAGAUGCACCCAGUUUACUUUCUGCACAGACGAGCAUUCAGGAUUCCAGGUUUCGUUUACUGGCUUUUGACAAGACGGCUCUUUUAAGCGAGCAGUUCCCUGAUGAAACCUUUGACCUCGUUAUCUUAUCGGAUGGUAACCGUAAGAAUGCGACACUUACCAGUCAGUUGGAUGGGGUUCAUCAGCUCCUGGCACCAGGCGGAUAUGUAUUUUGCGUCCACUCCACGGGAAUUCCGCUACAGGAUCGACUUCUGAACCCCCAAAAGCAUCAUCAAUCGCUGUCCUUGCAAACAUUGCUGCGUGCCACACCGCGCGUACAGGGUGACUUUGAUCUCAUCUCGUCGUGGACCAGUCCGUUGAGGACGAUUGCCCUCUCCAUCCGACAAUCCAUGAGCGCCGAUGUUCGGCAUCUUAUUAUGCCGUUGACCGCAACCGACGUAUCCUAUAUGUCGGACACUGUUCUGUUGAUCGGUGGGGAGACCGGCGAGACAGCGCAGUUGAGUUAUCAACUUGCAGCUAUUCUCCGAGAUAAGUCCUUGGAGGUGGUAACCGCACCACGUCUGGAAGAUGUGGUCUCGACUUCUAUGGGAACGGUGAAGGCAGUCAUUGUUCUAUCUGAUCUCGAUAAGCCGGUGCUGUCUUCCGUCAAUUCAUCCGAGUUCACAGCUCUCAAGCAGAUCUUGGUACCGAAUAUGUCUGUUCUUUGGCUGACGUCCGGGUUCCGCGACGACCAGCCCUACCAUUACGGUACCGUCGGACUUUUCCGCUCCAUCCGGACUGAAACGCCACAGCUGAAGCUGCAGAUCUUGGAUGUUGCGCACAUAUCUGGUGCCGAGACAGUCAUUGCUGAGUGCUUCCUUCGCCUCAUCACAUAUCUCGACUCUGAAUCCACUCCGCUAUGGACUUCGGAGCCGGAGCUUGUAUGGGAUGGUCAGCACCUGCUGAUUCCCCGCGUCCUGCCUAUCGAUGAUCUCAACCGCAGAUAUAACUCCACUCGCCGUGUGGUUCACAACUACCAGAAUGCAUCGCUGCAAGUUGUGCAGGUUGUCGCUCGCUGGAAUGGGGACAGAUACACCCACCAUGCGGUGGAGGCGACCCCGUCCAAGGCAUCAGCCCCUGCGGAUGAGCAUUUCGUUAAUCUUCGAGUAUUGUAUUCGAGUGCCUGGGCAAUUGAAAUCAAGAAAGGUUUUCAUGCCUUCGUCAGCGUCGCGACCGACAGCGCAUCGCGACAUUUGCUUGCACUCUCGCCGACCAACUCCUCGCUCAUCACCAUACCAGCGACCCAUGUCCACGCACUCCCUGCCACUGGUCUGGACCUGUCCGCUCUGCUGAACCGGAUAGUGGCAACCCUGCUUGCUCAGAGCCUACUUUGCCAGGCCAGCCCAGGGGGUCUGCUCGUCCACGAAGCCGACUCCUUCUUUGCCGAUACCUUACAGCGACUCAACGAUGAGGUGCGAUUACUGUGCUUCUCCACCACGGACUUAGCUUUAGAUGACAAUCGCUUUAUUCGGUUACAUCCCCUAUCGACCAAGGAUGCUACCAAAGCAGCGGUACCUUCGUCCCGAAUCAGUAGCGUCGCGGAUUUCAGCUUGGGGCUCACCCCGACCGCGCUGGUCGGGUUGAAAUCGUCCACAUGCAUGCUGAUCAAGGCGAUGGACUCGUUGGUCAAGACUGAGGCAAGUAUUCUAGACAAUGGGAACGCUCUGAGUACUGCUCAAGACGCCCUCCUGGUCGUUAGAUGGGUGGUUGAGACUGCACUGGAAGAGCUUGGUUCCACACGCAAGCCGCACACGACAACCCGUGUCUCAGACGUUCUGGAUAAGGGGUUGCAACCCUUGGGCGCCGUGCUCGAUUGGACCGAGAACGUCCAUGUGCCUCUGCGAGUUAACCGAUUCGAUCCGGGGUCCCAGAUGCGUGGAAAUAAAACCUAUGUCAUGAUCGGUCUAACUGGCGAGCUGGGCCAGAGUCUGUGCCAGUUCAUGGUCUCGCACGGAGCUCGUCACUUGGUUGUUGCCAGUCGGAACCCGGACAAGUCCCCUGCCUGGAAGACUGAUCUCGAGAAGCAAGGAGCCACCAUCCAAGUUCUCAGCGUGGAUGUCACGAAUGUUGAUGCCGUCCGUCAGCUGCGCGUGGACCUGGAAACUAGCAUGCCGCCGGUUGGAGGCAUUGUCAACGGCGCCAUGGUUCUAUCCGACGGUCUCUUCGCCGACAUGCCUGUCGAAUCGCUGCAGAAGGCCCUGGCGCCCAAAGUGCUCGGAUCGCAGAACUUGCAUGAUGUCUUCUCCGACGUCGAUCUUGACUUCUUUGUCAUGUUCUCGUCCCUCACCGGUGUGCCGGGGAAUCAGGGCCAAUCUAAUUAUACGGCUGCUAACAUGUUUAUGGCCGGUCUUGCGGCCCAGCGACGCAAAGCUGGACAGGCCGCCUCCGUUCUGGAUAUUGGCAUGGUUUCUGGUAUUGGAUAUAUCAACCGCACCGAUGGAGCCAAGAUCUACGCCAACCUUAAGCGUCAGGGGUACAUGCCGAUCUCCGAGCGAGACAUCCACGGCAUGUUCAUCGAGGCCAUCCAUUGCGGACGACCCACGUCUACGACGGGGGCGCAAUUGACGACCGGCCUCCAACGGUUCGGCGUCGAAGGUGAAGAGCCCUUGUACUGGCACACAGACCCUCGCUUCUCCCAUCAUCGAGUGCUCCGGAAUGCGGUCCACAAAAGUACGGUCUCGUCCUCGGUGGAGAGUCUUAAGAGCCGGAUCUCGGAGGUGCAGUCGCAGACGGCUAUUGCCGCGAUCCUAACGGAGAGCUUUGCGUCCCACGUGGAAGCAAUGCUUCACCUUGACCCAGGCAGCCUGGAUAAGGAGACGGCUAUCAUCAACCUUGGUGUGGACUCGUUGAUGGCUGUUGAGAUUCGGUCGUGGUUCUUGGCCGAGGUGGAGAAGGAUAUGCCCGUUUUGAAAGUGCUCGGGGGCUCGUCGGUGGCGACGCUGGCUGAAGAGGUGGCCAAAGAGCUCUUUGAAGAUCGCAGCACGUCGGCCCCCCCCCCGAUGGACUUGGACAAGAAUUCCUUCGAUUUAGGGUCAGUGCAUGGCAGCUCGACCGAUCCCUCGAGCAACAGUGACAGCAAAUCUGGAUUUGACGGCUUUUCAUCGGACGACUCCUCGGACAUCGCCAACGAUGACUCGGACCCAACCGCGCAGUGCGACCAGAUUGAACCCAUGUCGUUGAGCCAGGCUCGCAUGUGGCUUCCCUAUCUCAUGCUGCAGGACAAGACCGCCUACAAUUGUACGACAUCGUACCGCUUGAUUGGCCAGCUGGAUAUUCCACGCUUCGAGCGCGCUCUCCGUUCGCUGCUGCAGUCCCAUCAAGCCUUUCGCACACUGUUCUACACGGACCACGAAACCGGUGAGGCCAUGCAGGCCAUUGUCCCAACCUCUUCGACUUUCUCUUUGCGGAAGGUCGGGUCUGCCAAUGACUCAAGCGACGUGAAGGUCGAACAUGACCGAGUGGCGCAGCAUGUCUACGAGCUGGAACGUGGUGACAGCUUCAUUGCCACGCUCGUCACUCACCGGCCAGACUACCAUACAGUCAUCUUCGGGUACCACCACAUCAUCCUUGACGGCGUCAGCUGGCAGAUCUUUCUUCAAGAACUGGACAGGUUCUACGCGGAUCCCCAGCGACGGCCCUCGCUAGGCGUCGACUUCCUGGAUUUCUCGACGCGGCAGCACCACGAUCUCACCUCCAUCCCCUCCCUGUCGAAGCGACAGUUCUGGAAGAUGACCUUCGCCUCCGGGUCCUUACCCGAGUCACUACCGCUGUUCCCCUUUGCGAAAGCGCCGGCGCGCAUGCCGCUAACACAGUAUCGGGUGACGGAGUACUUUGUGGAACUGGAUCGGUCGCUGGCGGCCAAGAUCCGCUCCGCCAGCACGACGAACCAAACGACUGCGUUUCACUUCUACCUCUCGGUCUUCAGCGUCAUGAUGUACCGGAUGCUGGGUGUCACAGACCUGUGCAUCGGGAUGACGGAUGCUAACCGUAACGACCAGGCGUUCCUGGAGACGAUCGGGCUGCUCUUAGACAUGCUGCCCUUGCGAUUCCGCCUCGACAAAACCCCAUCUGACGAAAGCGCGUUCGCGGAUCAUCUUCGCGCCACGCGGGAUAUCGUCUAUUCGGCUCUGGGCAAUUCGGGGGUGCCGUUGGAGACGAUCCUGCAGGACAUUGGCGCCGAGAGCUCGGCCACGGAGCUGCCUCUCUUCCAGGCCGUGGUCAAUUAUCGGAUGGGAGCGAUCAAGCACAAGAGCAUCGGGGAUCUAGGGCUAGAGUAUCUCUCCUACGAGGACGCCGGCCACCCCUUCGAUUUCAUUCUGACCAUCGACGAAGACGAGGGUCGUGCGGGUCUCACCUUGUCCAUGCAGGAUUACCUCUACGACAGGGCCGGUGCGAACAUCUUCCUCGACUCGUACAUCCAUCUCUUGGAGUUCUUUGCCACGACGCCAACAGAGAGGGUCGCGACGCCGCCCGCCUUUGCACCUGCGCUCGAGCGCACCGCCAUUGAGCUGGGCACUGGUCCUCGUCUCUCGGACCCUUGGGAAGAGCCCACCCUCGUCCAUCGCAUCGACCAUAUGGCCGCAAAGUACCCCUCGGAUGUGGCACUUGGGGACGAGCGCGGCUCAUUGAGCUAUAAAGCCAUGUCCGACCGCGUCAACGCCAUCGCCACCCAGCUCCUCGCUGUAGGAGCCCAGGUGAGCACGCGCGUCGCCGUCUUCGGGACCCCGUCAACCGACAACAUCUGCUCCCUGCUCGCAAUCCUGCGCAUCGGCGCGAUCUACGUCCCCUGUGACGUGCGCAGCGCAGACGAGCGUCUCCGCACCAUCCUAACCGAAUCCGAAGCCACCGUCGUGAUCGUCAACCGCGAAACCAGCUCCCGGUUCGCCAAGUUCCAUCCAGACACCGUGCAAGCAGUGAUCCAGCUCGCCACGGUGCCCAUCCAGUCCAGUCCGGUUCAUAACGCAGCGACCGCCGCGGGCCUGGCCUUCAUCAUGUUCACCAGCGGCUCCACCGGCACCCCCAAGGGGAUCCAGCUCACGCACGCGAACUUCCUCACGCACGUGCAGGCCGCCUCGGCGUACAUGCAGCUCGGCCGGGAGGUGGUGCUCCAGCAGAGCGCGGCCAGCUACGACGCCUCCCUGGCGCAGAUCUUCUACGCCCUGGCGAACGGUGGCCGGCUGGUGGUAGCGGACAACCUCCGGGACACGGUGGCGCUAGCGUCCAUCCUCGAGAAAGAGGCGGUAACUUUCACCCUGAUGGCGCCGUCGGAGUACUUACUGCUCAUGGAGUAUACGGGAGACAUUCUGGCGAGGUGUUCGGAGUGGAAGGUGGCCAUGUGUGGUGGGGAGGCGUUCCCCCCGCGCUUGAAGGGGGAUUUCGGGCGGCUUGGGCAUGGGGAGUUGAGCGUUUAUAAUGCUUACGGACCCACGGAAAUUGCAGUCGCGUCGAACAUCGGGGAGGUGGCGAUCCCAAGAAAAGAAGCCGCUGGUGAAUCAAAUGACGGCGAUGAAAGCCACGUUCCCAUCGGCUCUGCCCUCCCAGAAUACAACGUCUACCUGGUCAACGAGGACAUCGAACCCGUGCCCCUAGGCUGUCCGGGCCAGAUCGCCGUCGCCGGUCCCGCCGUAAGCGCGGGCUAUCUCAAGAAUGAACCCUUGACAAGUGACAAAUUCCCUCUGGUCGGGGAGAGAUUCCACCCAGAGAAGAGCACAAGAGUCUAUCUGACUGGCGAUCUGGCGCGAAUGUUGUCGAAUGGCUCGAUGGUGUACCUCGGACGCAUUGAGUCGGACACGCAGAUUAAGCUGCGCGGGAUUCGCGUCGAAUUGGGAGACAUUGCCAAUGCGAUCCUCAAGACGUCCCGCGGGGUCAUUGCCAAUGCGGCUGUUGGGGUUCGUAACCCCGGUCCGGACCAGUUCCUUGUUGCGUAUGUCGUGCUGUCCGGGGAGAAGGGGACGAAGAGACCGGCGAAUGUACGGCAGUAUCUGGACCAGUUGUUGGUCGAUUUGCCGUUACCGCAGGCGAUGAAGCCCGCGGUGGCUGUGGAUGUCGGCAGUAGUUUGCCCAUGACGUCUAGUGGGAAGUUGGAUAUGAGGGCGCUUAAUGCUCGGCCGCUUCCUGCGUCUGGGGAUGAGGAUGGGGACGAGGAUACUGAAACCGAAACCGGUGCUGAUGCUGAUGCCGACGCUGGUGCGGAUACAACCCUCUCUGAUAUCCAUAGCAAGCUUCGCGAGAUCUGGAACCGUGCCCUGGGCGGCCACACCAGCAUUCCUAUCACUCCCUCGUCCAAUUUCUUUGCCGUCGGUGGCAGUUCGCUGUCCUUGCUGAAGAUGCAGGCGCUUGUUCAACGGGAAUUCGACCUGCGGAUUGCCUUGCCUGAACUAUUCCGCACGAGCACGUUUGGGGCUAUCGCUGAGCGGAUUCUGAGAGGGGUGUCUGCUGGCUUCACAGAGGAAGAGGUUGAGGAUACCGUGCCUUCCUCCUCACCUGUUGAUAUCAUUGACUGGAAGAAGGAGACUGCUCUCUCCGAGACCCUUCGAUCCUUGGCUUCCUCCUCCCAAUCAGACACCCGCAGCCCACCCAUGCGUCGCCGGCCCCUGACAGUCAUCCUGACCGGCGCGACAGGCUUCCUCGGCCGCGCCAUCGCGCGAGCGCUCCAAGCCCGCGACGACGUGCUGCACAUCCACUGCAUCGCCGUGCGCAACCCGCACUCCAGCGCCGCCCUGGAACUCGAACGCACCUGCGACAAAGUCAUCCUGCACGCCGGCGACCUCGCCCUCCCCUUCCUGGGGAUGAUGGAAGAAGAAGCCCGACUGGUCUUUGAGGAAGCCGACGUGAUCGUGCACAACGGCGCGGACGUCUCCUUCCUGAAAUCCUACCAGACCCUGCGGGGACCCAACCUCCGCGCCACGCAGACCCUGGUCGAGAUGACCGCCCACCGCCAGGUGCCCUUCCACUUCGUCUCCACGGCUGGGGUGGCCACCACCCUCUCGGAGGGCUCAUCCCCGGUGAUCGACGAGAUCUCGCUCGCGAACCACCCGCCACCCACCAGCCGCACCGGCGACGCGGUCCUGAUCGACGGCUACGUCGCCUCCAAAUGGGCCAGCGAGACCUUCCUCGAGCACGUGCACGCCCAGCUCGCUCUUCCCGUCCGCAUCUACCGCCCCUCCAGCAUCACCGGCGCCGACGCCCCCGCCCUCGACGUCAUGCACAACGUCCUCAACCUCUCGCGCCGCAUGCGCGCCCUCCCGGACCUCGGGACGUGGACGGGCUAUUUCGACUUCAUCCGCGUCGAGACCGUUGCGGAGGAGAUCGCCGCUGGUGUGACCGCUUCACCUACCCCGACCGCCACUACCCCUACCCCCUCGGGUGUGGAAUUCAUCCACCUCUCCGGCGAGAAGCUCAUCCCCGUCGCUGAAGCCCGCAAGCAUCUGGAAAGGGAGACCGGAUACGCUUUCCGCACCCUGGAGAUGGCUGAGUGGUGCCGCGAGGCCGCGGGGUAUGGGCUCCCGGCUCUUGUCGCGGGGUAUUUGGAGAGUCUGGAGGGUCAGGCGCUCUCGUUUCCGCGGUUGCGGUCGCGGAUUGCCGAGUGGGGGGGUGGGGGGAGGGAGGUGGUGGCUGUUUAG